CACGCUCUACCCGGGACUCCAGCAGGGAAUGAGCGAGCUGCCUGGGCGCUGUAUUGUGUAGCGGAGGUCUCCCCGAUAAGCCUCCAUCUCCUGGGAGCCUGUGGAACGUAAUGCUCCUGCAAGGAGUCUGCUGCCUGGACAUGGCCGACCGCCGGCACUGAAGGAGAACUUUGGAGUUGGAAAGGAAGGGGGGGGGAGGGAGGGAGGGCGCCAGAAGUUUUGCAGACGGGAUUGUCAGGGAAGCAGCAGUGCAGCCAGGGCAGUGGCUAUGGGGCUAGGAGAGAGGCUGCGUGUGGCUCCCGGAUCCAGACACUUUUGGCUUCCUCUGUUCCUUUCUUCCGUCGUUACAGUGUGGGGAAGUGCCCGUGCCGACUCGGACUUUAACAUCCUGGAGGAGGCUCAGCUCGUGGCGGUACAGAUGAAGAAACUGGCGGCGGAGGAGCUGGGGGUAUUCGGCAUGCAGAGGAUAUUCAACUCGUUUGUAUACACCGAGAAGAUUUCAAACGGUGAAACUGAAGUUCAGCAACUGGCAAAGAAGAUCCGUGAAAAAUUUAACCGAUAUUUAGAUGUGGUGACACGCAACAAACAGGUUGUAGAAGCAUCUUACACUGCUCACCUGACAUCUCCAUUGACGGCCAUCCAGGACUGUUGCACUAUUCCAGCUUCAAUGAUGGAAUUUGAUGGGAAUUUUAAUACAAAUGUGUCCAAAACUAUUAGCUGCGACAGACUUUCUACUACUGUAAACAGUCGAGCAUUUAAUCCAGGGCGAGAUUUAAACUCAGUGCUAGCUGACAAUCUGAAAUCCAACCCUGGAAUCAAAUGGCAGUAUUUCAGCUCAGAAGAAGGUAUUUUCACAGUUUUCCCUGCACACAAGUUCCGAUGUAAAAGCAGCUAUGAGCAUCGCAGCAGACCAGUCUAUGUGUCCACGGUUCGCCCCCAGUCAAAACAUAUUGUAGUCAUUGUGGACCAUGGAGCUUCCAUUACAGAGACUCAACUCCAGAUCGCAAGAGACGCAGCGCAUGUUAUAUUGAAUUCAAUCGAUGAACAUGACAAAAUCUCCGUUCUAACUGUAGCUGAUGUUGUGAGAACAUGCUCUCUGGAUCAGUGUUACAAGACGUUCCUGUCUCCUGCCACCAGCGAAACCAAGAGAGAGAUGGCAAGCUUUGUAUCUUCUGUUAAGUCUUCAGACAGCCCUACUCAACAUGCACUUGGAUUUCAGAAAGCUUUUCAACUGAUCAGAAAUACCAUUAAUGGCACAAGAAUUCAUGCAAAUACAGACAUAGUGAUUAUCUAUUUAUCAUCUGGUAUUACGUCUAAGGAUUCUUCUGAAGAGGAUAAAAAAGCUACUUUACGUGUCAUAAGCGAAGCGAACAGUCUGCUGAACAAUUCUGUCAUGAUAUUAACCUACGCUAUUAUGAAUGAGGGAGUCACAGGUUUGAAAGAAUUAGCAUUUCUUCGUGACCUGGCAGAGCAAAACUCGGCAAAGUAUGGUGUCUCUGACAAGACAGGGCUUCCUGUUACAAAGGGAAGCAUGAUGGUGCUAAACCAGCUCAGCAACCUGGAGACGACUGUGGGACGAUUUUAUACCAACCUUCCCAAUCGAAUGAUUGAUGAAGCUGUGUUUAGUCUGCCUUUCACUGAUGAAAUGGGUGAUGGUUUGAUCAUGACAGUCAGUAAGCCUUGUUACUUUGGAAACUUAUUGUUGGGAAUUGUUGGAGUAGAUGUUAACCUUGCAUAUAUCCUUGAAGAUGUGACCUACUACCAGGAUUCCUUGGCAUCAUAUACCUUUCUGAUAGAUAACAAAGGUUACACUCUGAUGCAUCCUUCACUCACAAGACCUUACUUACUGGUAGAACCUCCACUGCACACAGAUAUCAUACAUUAUGAAAAUAUCCCCAAAUUUGCCUUGGUGCGACAGAACAUCCUCAGCCUCCCUCUGGGCAGCCAGAUUAUUACAGUGCCUGUAAACUCAUCGCUGUCUUGGCACAUCAACAAGCUGCGAGACCCUGGAAAAGAAGCAUAUAAUGUCAGCUACGCUUGGAAAAUGGUUCAGGACACAUCCUUCAUUCUUUGCAUCGUAGUAAUUCAACCUGAGAUACCAGUCAAACAACUAAAAAACCUGAACACUGUCCCCAGUAGCAAAUUAUUGUAUCAUCGCCUUGAUCUUUUAGGCCAGCCGUCUGCCUGCCUCCAUUUUAAGCAACUUGCCACUUUAGAAAGUCCAACUGUAAUGUUAGCUGCUGGAAGUUUUUCUUCACCCUAUGAGCACCUGAGUCAGCCUGAAACCAAGCGGAUGGUUGAGCACUAUACAGCAUAUCUGAGUGAUAAUACACGACUAAUUGCAAAUCCUGGCUUGAAGUUUUCUGUCAGAAAUGAAGUCAUGGCUACCAGUCACGUCACAGAUGAAUGGAUGACCCAAAUGGAAAUGAGCAGCUUGAACAGCUACAUUGUGCGGCGUUACAUAGCAACACCCAAUGGGGUGCUCAGAAUUUACCCUGGCUCUCUUAUGGACAAAGCAUUUGAUCCCACCAGGAGACAGUGGUACUUGCAUGCUUUGGCGAACCCUGGGUUGAUCACUUUUACUGGUCCCUAUUUGGAUGUUGGAGGAGCUGGUUAUGUUGUCACCAUAAGCCACACUAUACAUUCCUCCAGUUCCCAGAUCUCUCCUGGAAACACAGUUGCAGUGAUGGGCAUAGAUUUUACUCUGAGGUACUUUUACAAAGUGCUUAUGGAGCUACUUCCAGUUUGCAAUCAAGAUGGAGGCAACAAAAUAAGGUGCUUUAUCAUGGAAGACCGAGGUUAUCUUGUUGCUCACCCAACUUUAAUUGAUCCCAAAGGCCAUGCUCCUGUGGAGCAGCAGCACAUUACCCACAAGGAACCUUUAGUUGCAAAUGACAUCCUAAACCAUCCCAACUUUGUUAAGAAGAAUCUGUGCAACAGUUUCAGUGACAGAACUGUACAGAGGUUUUAUAAAUUCAAUACUAGUAUUGUGGGGGAUCUGACGAACCUUGUUCAUGGAAGUCACUGCUCCAAGUACCGACUGACCAGAGUACCAGGGACAAAUUCUUUUGUGGGAAUAGUAAAUGAAACCUGUGAUUCUCUUGCUUUUUGUGCCUGCAGCAUGGUAGAUCGGCUGUGCCUCAACUGUCACAGAAUGGAGCAGAAUGAGUGUGAAUGCCCAUGUGAGUGCCCUCUAGAGGUGAACGAGUGCACUGGAAAUCUUACAAAUGCAGAAAGCAGGAAUCCAAGUUGUGAAGUUCACCAGGAACCCAUGACCUACACCAUGCUUGAUCCCAGUCUACAGGAGGCACUUUUUCAAUGUGUUAAUACUGGAUGCACGCAAAGGAUGGAAAGCAGUUAUUGCUUUGGAGUUUUGGAUUGUGAAUGGUGUAUGGUGGAUAGUGAUGGGAAGACCCACCUAGACAAACCAUAUUGUGCACUCCAGAAGGAAUGCUUUGGAGGCAUUGUUGGAGCUAAAAGCCCGUAUGCAGAUGAUAUGAGUUCAAUAGGGGAUGAAGUAAUCACACUGAGCAUGAUUAAAAGUGCUCCUGUUGGGCCUGUAGCUGGAGGAAUUAUGGGCUGUAUAAUGGUGCUUGUCCUGGCUGUAUACGCCUAUCGUCACCAGAUUCAUAGGAGGAGCCACCAGCAUAUGUCACCACUUGCAGCCCAAGAAAUGUCUGUACGAAUGUCUAAUCUGGAAAAUGACAGAGAUGAAAGAGAUGAAGACAGCCAUGAGGAUCGGGGAAUCAUAAGUAACACAAGAUUCAUAGCAGCCGUAAUGGAAAGGCAUGCACACAGUCCAGAACGAAGGCGGCGUUACUGGGGAAGGUCUGGUACAGAGAGUGAUCAUGGUUAUAGCACCAUGAGCCCUCAAGAAGAUAGUGAAAACCCACCUUGCAAUAAUGAUCCUUUGUCCGCUGGGGUUGAUGUGGGCAACCAUGAUGAAGAUCUAGAACCAGACACACCCCCUCAGACUGCUGCACUUUUAAGCCACAAAUUUCAUCACCAUUACAGACUGCAUCAUCCAGCUUUACAUCACAGUCACCAUUUACAAGCAGCUGUGACAGUACACUCUGUGGAUGCUGAAUGCUGAUGGAACUGAAACUACUGCCAAAUGGCCAUGGAAAAUGAGACCACUCAGUGCUGCAGUCAACAAAUGCAUUUUAAGCAAUUGUUGAAUAGGCUUGACAUUUAGAAAUGAAAGAAAAACCCUAUUCUGCAAAUUUUUAUGCUCUAGUGAACCUCAGUACAAAUAAAAGUGGAAAAGUAUAAGGCAUGCAAAACUGCUACAAAAAGAGUGGAUUUCAGACCCAAGUGAAGGACAAGAUACGUUUUAUCAUUUGACCUUGGACAUGUGUUGAACAAAUGAAGAUACUGGUUUAUUAAAAAAAAGUAUCUAAACCUGAAAAAAACUAUACUCAUCUUCUUGAGUAGAAAUGUUAAUAGUUUCUUAACAAUGCAUCUCAAUUUUUAAUGAAAGGAUUAUUUUUCUACUAUUUAUUGAAUAUUCAAAACUUGCGGACAGUGGAAACCCUACACCCUUCCCUAAGAACAUUAAACACUGUAUUUACCUGAAGAAGAGUGAAGUGAAUGCAAUGGAGUGUUCUCUACAAAGAAUAAUUAGGAUUUCUCCUACAGUACAUUAUCUACACAGGAAGCAAUGCAUUGAUUUCUUUCAGUCUGGUUCUUCUUGGUUUUCUAUUGUAUGAUCACUUGUUAAAGCCACUUGCUGCUGAUAAGCUUUUUUUCUUUAUUUUUUUUUUAUUUUUCUUGAGUCUAGGUGACCGCAUAUCAGGGUUUUUGUUUAAUAACCACAUUUUAAACCAGGGCAAAUUCAUAGUUCCUGUAUUAAAAGCCACUUAAAUACAGUCUUUGUGUUUUAAACAAAAAAGGUAAUAUGGUAAUAACGUCUUUAUUCGCAAUAAAAAAACGUUUCAAAUUAACUUAAAGGAAAAAAUGUGCCAUAUUUGGUUUUAUUGCCAUUUUUCUAUGUGAGAGGGAAGUCUGAUGAUGCAGGCCCUGGCUCCAGUAUUCUUGAUUCUAGACCUAACUAAACUUUCCAUGUACAGGGAAAAAUGCUGAGAAAUUGAUGGCAGCUCCAGCUCAUAUGUUUAAAUGCAAGUGUGUAAGUAAUUAUUUUGUUUUCCAUACCCCAGUUAUUGUUUGUUGUCUGUCUGUUAAAUUACACUUUAAACAUAUUUAAAUAUAGGGUACAGCUUCAGUUUCAUUUUUGCUCCAGUCCAGUAACCUUAAAAAAAGGUUAAUCAUAUAAUGUUCUCUAAAUUUGUCUAAAAUGCAAUGUACAUUUGCUCCUGAAUAUGCAAUUUGUAUGUAUAGAAUUGCUCACAGUAACCCAGCAGGAUAGGCUGGAUUUCAUAAAGUUUGUUGUUCACCCUAACAUUCAGUUAUACCCAAGCAAAGUCUUCAUACAUGUUGUAUUUUUUAUACACACAGAAUAAAAAAUCUUUUGAUAAAAA